UGUCACUUUAAAUAAACCUGCCAAGUCCACCAUCAAUCUGAAGAUGCCGAAGAAAUUCGUGGGCGAAAACUCAAAAGCCUGCGCAGCCAAAGCGAGGAAGCUGAAGAGCGGCGCCCUGGAGAAGAAAAGCUGCGACCAGCAAUGGGCUGAUCGGUGCAAGAAGAUCGAGAAGAAACUGAUGCGAAAGGAGGAGAAACUGGAAAAGCGCCAGCAAUACCUGAACAGGAAGAAUGAGCUAAAGGAACUGUUGAAAAAGGAGACUGAAGUCGCAACAAAGCCACGGGCUUCGCAAAAACUCACUCGGCUGAAAAUCGAGCAAAAACUCCUGGAAAGCCGACCCAAGUGUAAGCCACUGGCCACAGAAUCAGUGGCGGAAAACCUCAAUCGGCUCAGUUUGGGCGAAGAAAUCGCCAGAACCAUCGACGCCGCCCUCGCCCUUCUGGACAACGAGCUCCUUCUGGAUAAACAGCCGGAAAAACGGCGCAAAGCUGAGUACAGAAGUUUCCAGGAAAAGCGACUUAAGGAACUGAAGAGCAUCCAUCCAACGCUAAAGUUGUCGCAGCUAAAAGAAUUGGCGUUUAAAGAGUGGCAAAAAAUCAUCCAGCGCGUGAAGUGAACGAACUAUUUUGAUUAUUACUGUUUAAAUACCAAAAAAAACCAACUGUCUUUGAAAUAAAUGCCUAAUUAUCGCCCGGA